GCUUAGUAACGGUCACUGACCAGUCGAUUGUUGCAACAGUUAGAAGAUAAUGUUAUCAAGACGCCGGGCGCACCGCGCCCGGACACUCCCCCUCACACCACACACACUGGGUGGUUGUACUUCUUCGGUCCACCACUGGACCAGUAGUAGUCAUCACUCAUCACUCUCUAGUCUCUGCACUAUGGACUCUGGACCAGAAGCUGGGGAUUCCCUGCAAUAAUUCAUCAAACCAGGGUCCAGGAGUCUCAAUCUCAAUUCAUUCAUGGAAACCCUAACCUUUCCUUUCUCUCUUUUCAGUUUCUCCUUCCUCAAAUCUCAACAACCAUGCAAAUGCAAUCUUCCCAGAGCCAUAACAACACGAAGCCCCUACCUUCCUAGGGUUUCAAUCAAACCUCCUCCACCAGAUUUCAAUUUCAGAGAAGCAUUUCUGAAGGACUCGAAAUCCACAGUAGCUAAAAUUCAUCCACAAUUGCUGGAUUUAGUUGAUAACGGCAGCUUAGUCCUUAUUGAGAAGAAACAUUUCGGUCCUGUACCCAUCUGGAGAACAGAGUUUGUGGAGCCAGAGGUGAUUUGGCUGAUCGGGACGACACAUAUCUCGCAAACAUCCGCCAUGGACGUCGAGCGCGUCGUUAGAGCUGUGAAUCCUGACAAUGUCGUUGUGGAACUCUGCAGAAGCAGGCAAGAUUUUUUAUUCGACUCCACUUUUUUCUUUAAAUCAGAGCUCAUUUUCAGAGCUGGAAUUAUGUACAUUUCCAAUGAAGAUGAACCUGGCCCUCAGUUAAAGUCAAAUAUGUUCUCAUUGAGUGGGGCUGGAUUUUUUGGAGCUGUUGGCCGUAGCUUAAACCUGGGUGGUCAAACUGCUCUUGCAUUACGGUUGCUUCUGGCUUUUUUCUCUUCAAAAGUCUCCUCAGAUGCAAACAGGCCUUUUGGGGAUGAGUUUCGUGCUGCUCGAAAAGCCUCUGAAGAAAUUGGAGCUCAGAUAGUAUUGGGGGAUCGCCCAAUUGAAAUUACACUUGAAAGGGCUUGGAAUUCUCUCAAAUGGAAAGAGAAACUAAGCUUGGUGACCUCAGUUCUUCGUGGAAUAACUUCAUCAACUGAUAUGUCUGGGAACAAUUUAGAGGACUCAGAAACAGAAAAUAGCUUCUUCCAGCUAUAUGAGCGGCUAAGUGUUUCAUACCCAUCUCUCCUACAGCCUCUUAUACACGAGCGUGACACAUAUCUGGCGUGGUCUCUGAAGAGAAGCAAAGCUGUGAAUAACAGUAGGCAAGUUGUUGGAGUGAUCGGUAAGAGCCACAUGAAUGGGGUCGUAUAUGCACUAAUAUCAGAUCUGGGGGACUUGCGGUUCCAUGACCUUGUUGGUAAGAGGGUAUAUGGUGACAAUUCUAAUGGUUGGGUCAGGACCCUAAUCAAGAAUUUGGUUAGAGACACUGUAGUUGGUAUCUUGCUCUGGGAACUAUAUGAACAGCUGACUGGAUUAUAGUCUACAGAUUGAAGUCAUUGGAAAGUAAUCUUGAUUGAAAUUUUGUGAGAAGUAGGAACAGAUGAUACUUUCAUUAUUUACACAUGUAUCAUGUAUGUAUUCCCAUCCAAUGCAGCAAACAAGAAAAUUUCUCAUC